GAUCUGUAAAUAGUUGGAAAAAGUGAAUGCUGUUUUUUUAUUAAUUUAGCUGUGUAUGCAAAAUAAAGAGCAAUAAAAAUGCCGAAGGGAAAGACGAAGAAGUUCAUUGAUAAAAAGAAUUCAGUGACAUUUCAUUUAGUUCAUCGUUCACAAAGAGAUCCACUGAUAGCCGAUGAAACGGCACCGCAACGCGUUCUUGUACCUGCUGGAGAUGCACAAGCUGUUAAACUCGAGAAGAAAAAGCCAGAUGAUAAACAGAAAGAGGAACAGCGAAAAUACGGCAUAUAUUUCGACGAUGAUUAUGACUAUUUGCAACAUCUUAAAGAUGUUAAUACUCUGACAGCUGAAUGGGAACGUGUAGAUAAUAUAACUCCUUCGAAACCAAAUGAUAAAAAUCAUACACCUAAAAUUAAUUUACCAUCUUCUGUAUUUGCUUCAAAUGUAGAAGAGAAAGUUGGACUUUUGAAUAAAGCAGCCCCAGUUUCAGGGUUGCAACUAGAUUUGGAUCCAGAUAUAGUUGCAGCUAUGGAUGAGGAUUUUGAUUAUGAUGAUCCGGAAAAUCAUUUAGAAGACAAUUUUAUAGAAUUGGCUAAUACAAGCGAGGGUGAUAGAGAAAUAAUAGAAGAAGAAUAUGAUCAAGCAUCUGAUGUUUCAUCUGAGGGACAUAUGCAACUAUCUGACGAAGGACAAGAUGAGGUAUGCAGCUUGAAUGGGCCUCAGUUCACUUUUAAAGAAGAAGAAACAAAAUCCCGUUUUACAGAAUAUUCAAUGAGUAGCAGUGUAAUGAAAAGGAACGAACAACUGACACUUCUUGAUGAUCGAUUUGAGAAAAUGUAUGCAGCAUACGACGAAAAUGAAAUUGGUGCAUUAGAUUGUGAUGAAAUUGAAGGGUAUAUUCCACCAAACUCAGAUUUAGUUCUUCAGUAUGCAGCAGAAUUUGAGAAGCAAAAAAAUGAAGAUGCUGAUAAUGUUGCUGAAUUGAUGAAAGACAGAAUGAAAAUUUUGGAAAACGAGUAUUCCAGUUCUGAAGAUGAGAAUAACUUGGAAGAACUUAUUGUUGAUGCAAGAAAAAAAGAAAAAUGGGAUUGUGAAAGUAUCUUGAGUACAUACAGUAAUAUUUAUAAUCAUCCGAAAUUAAUUUCUGAACCAAAGCCACAAAAGAUCAGAGUGAAUUCAAGGACUGGUAUUCCAAAAAAUGUGUUAGACGGAUGUUCUGGAAAGUUGACUGCUAAAACAUUGGCCCAGUUUGAUCAACAGAAUGAAAGUUGUAAACCAGCAAGGUCUCAGUCUGUUGCAGAAACAAUGAAAUCAACCUUAAGUGUAUUAAGCAUAAGACCCAAAGAUGAAACUUCUGAAGAAAGAAAGCAAAGGAAAAAAGCUCUUAAAGGCUAUAGAAAAGAAAGGCGAAUAGAACGAAAAGCAAAUAGCGAAGCAUUUAAGGAGGAGAAGAAGCGUCAAGAAAAGAUUAUAUUAAAUAAUAGACAAAAUGUUCAGGGAAAUAAAAUACUUUAA